AUGAAGAAUGCACACUGGAGCUUAGAGGACCGCAAGCCUAGUCAUCUGGCUGAGUGGAGACUUGAUAAUGCUUGUGAGCGCGGUUGGCCGAAGGAAGAUUCGGAGAGUGAGUGGCCAGAUGUUGAAGGCGAUGAAAUCGAUAAAGAUGAGGAUGAUGACGAUAGUGAUGAGGAGGAAGAGGCGUAG